AUGUCGUAUGAAUCGCUGCUGGAACGCGUAGGAACGCAGAAACACCUUCUUCAAUUUUGGGAUGAGUUAACUGAUGAUCAAAGGGAAUCACUGGCUAAGCAGAUCGAAGCCAUAAAUUUUGACGCAGUGAAAAAAGCUUUUGAUGCGUCUUCCAACAUUUACACGGCCAGCCCAGACAACCUAUCGCCCAUUCCCGAAAGCCAUCAUGUGGUAUUUAAGGAUCUUUCAGAUGAAAAGAAAAAUCACUAUUGGAGGAAAGGAUUGGAAGCCAUUUCUCGUGGUGAAAUUGCUGCAAUCGUUUUAGCCGGUGGGCAAGCAAGUCGCCUUGGUUCAUCAGCUCCCAAAGGUACCAUCCCACUUGGUCUCAAUGUUGCUCCAUAUGAUUCUCUACUGGGUAUACAAGCAUGCAAAAUUGCUUUAUUAGAAAAAUUAGCCAUCGAAGCGUUCCCCGAAGCCAAGGAAACAACGAGGAUCCAUUGGCUUGUGAUGGCUUCGCAAUCCACCGAAAGGGAAACAAGGAAACAUCUGGGUGAGGUGAUUCCAGCAGCGGGACUGUCCUACGAGCAGGUCACCAUCUUCACUCAGGCUGAAAUCCCGGCUUUCGAUAACGAUGGCAAUCUUUUGCUUGCUAACAAGCAUACGGUCGUCACAGCUCCAAAUGGUAACGGAGGUUUGUAUUCGGCACUGGCCGUUCAUUUGCCAAGGAUGAGAACGCAAGGUGUCAAGUACGUCCACGUGUACUGCAUAGACAACAUCCUUUGUAAAGUGGCGGAUCCACAUUGGCUUGGUUAUUGUAUUGAGAAGCAUGCAGAUGUCUCUACGAAGACAAUUCGCAAAAUUCCCGGCGAACUAGUGGGAUCCGUAUGUCUGGACAAUGGACGUCCUCGAGUGACUGAGUACAGUGAACUGGGUCCCGAACUGGCCGAGAAGAAAACGAAAGAUGGACGUCUGCUUUUUUGUGCGGGCUCCAUUGCCAAUCACGUUUUUUCACUGGACUUCCUCGAAAGCUUCUGCGAGUACUCUUUCCACCUACCGUAUCAUCGAGCAUCGAAGAAGAUAGCUCACAUAACCUCCGAUGGAACCGUAGUGAAGCCAACUAGUCCCAAUGGAAUCAAGCUGGAACAGUUUGUGUUCGACGUCUUUGAAAAGAGCCAGAACUUUUACAUUUGGGAAGUAGAACGCGAAGAUGAGUUCAGCCCGCUGAAAAACGCGGAAUCUGCAGGCAAGGAAUGCCUGAGUACUUGUAAGAGAGACCUGGCUCUCGUGAACAGAAAAUGGCUGGAGGCAGCUGGUGCUAUUGUGAAGGGCGACAAUCCUGUUUUUAUUGACGCGUCUACCAGUUACUGCGGCGAGGGGCUGGAUCGUUUCAAGGAUCAAGUGGUGUCCGGACCUUUGCUCAAGUGA